UGUGUUCUGGAAAAGGAUAUUUAAUUAUGAGAAUGACAAUAUAUAAACACAAGCGGGAGGAAGGGGAAAAGGUGAUGUUGUGAUGGUGGUAGCGUGGUUAUAGCAACGAGCACAAGUGUGUGUGGCUAUGGAACGACUAACAUCACAUCCACCAAUGUCCCACUCCGAUAUCAUCAUCGUCGUCGUGGUUGUCACUUGAUAGACAACAACUUUUAAAGCUCCAUGUUCACCACCACAACCAGGUGACGACGAAUUGGAUCACCACUUUUUACGCGGGUACAAACUCCAUUCAUUUGUUUAUACAACAAUGAACCCCGGCUGCUCAUUGCUAUUCAUUCCCAACUAGAAGAAGAAGAAGAAAUUCGCCGAGAUUUUUACUUACACUCAUCUCUAUCAAUGUCUUCGUUAUUUGGUCACCAGUUUUAAAGCUCGGACAACAUCGACAGAAUUUCAUUGAAGUUUUCUGUUAUCAGGAAAAAGGUUAUGCUCAAAAGCUGAAUUACUAAAUGUGUUGAUAUAAAAACGAACCAUGUCUCAGGCCAAGCUACGUGCGUUGCAGCAAUGGUGUAAGAACAGGUGUGAAGGCUAUCGUGAUGUUAAAAUUACAAACAUGACAACUUCAUGGAGAGAUGGACUGGCAUUCUGUGCCCUUAUUCACCGUUUUCGACCAGAUUUAAUAAACUUUGAUUCUCUUUGCAAAGAAAAUGUCUUUUACAACAACCAUCUGGCUUUCACUGUUGCUGAACAACUUGGGGUCACUGCUCUCUUGGAGGCUAAAGAUAUGGAAGACCUCCAAGUCCCAGACAAACUUAGUGUCAUCACCUACGUUGCAAGUUUGUACAGUUACUUCAAGGACAAAGAAAAACUGGGAGGCCCAGACGUCCAAAAAUGUAAAUCUCAUAUAUCGAUCGGAAUGAAGCGACACCCGGACAGUGAACCUUAUGAGAAGUUUGAACCGAAGAGAUUGACACCAAGUAAAGAAGAUAACUCGAAAAAGGGUGGUUCCAGUCCAGCCAAGCAGUCUUCGGGUGGCGAUUAUUGUGUACUGUGUAAGGACAAAGUGUAUCUUAUUGAAAAACAUAUUGAGGACGGUAACUUGUAUCACAGAUCCUGCUUUAGAAAAAGUUACAUGUCACCUACAAGUAAAAUUUUAACUGACUAUUCCACACGAACGCAAACCACCACACCAUCAACCAUCACGAUGAACUCCAUUGAUAAAACCACUUCAAAAAAUAUUAUGGAUUCGAGUAAAAAUGAUCCUUCUGCAAAUGAGAAAUCACUAAGAUUAAGAGGCAAACUCUUUGACAAAAAGAAAGAUCAAGUUCAGAAAGCAGAAGAACGCCUCAGAACGGAAAAACAGUACAAGAGAGAAAUGGAAGAAGAACAGAUGAUUGACAAUGGAAGGAAAAGUUCUUCAGCGUUAAAGGCUCAUUUAAAGGAAAUUGAUUCCAGCUCAAAAAAAUCUUCAACAAAUUCACCUGGAAAUUCUUUUCCUCAGCUUGAAAAACCUGCUAAUUAUAAUUCUGAGAAAACCUUUCAGACUUCACCCUAUAGAGACUCUAACCUCCAUGAGGGAUCUGAUGGUCGAAAAAGAGAGACAAAUGACUUGACUUUCUCUACUGUAUCAGUAAAAUCUGCUGCAAAACCAGAAUCAGAUCCUUCAUUAGAUACUCCUAAGCUCAUGAAACAAGUCUCUAGUCGGACAAUGGGUGAUAAAAAAAUGCAAGCAACUGUGCAUAAAAAAUCUGUUACAAAUUUAAAAGAAGACAACAGUGAACAAUUCGUAGUCUCAGGAUUGCUGAAAAGCUUGGCUGGUAUUCGACAACGCCAGAGUACCGGUUCUUCACCUACUAAUAGUGAUCCCCCGUCACCACUGCCAGCAGAGCCAUAUGUGCCUAAUACCAAACUGUCACACACCUCAACUUCCACAGUUACCAAUCCUUCAAUCAUGAAAUCCUUGUCAGGAGACAACUCACAGAACUUCAAGAAUCCUCAUCUACAUCUUAAUAAAAAUAAGACAUCUUUGAUCAAUUCAACCGCAAAAGAAUCGGAUGUGAUAACUGCUCAUACAAAUCAUCAAAACAAGCCUCACGCUGCCUUAAAUUCUUCAUCAAAGUCUGAACAAGAAAUUACCAAUUCAACGCCUACAGCCUCAAAUUCGUUCACCCCUAGAAAGCAAACAAGAGCAUCUCUUAGGGUACAGCUUCCAAGUAUUCAGCAAAGAAUUAAAGAGUAUUCUAAAGCUGCCCCAGGCGCUGCUGAACAACCAACAGAUACCAAAAAACCAGAUGAUGGUGCAAAAUCUGAUAAAAACAAUGUUCCUUCUUUUCCUUUAAGUACCAUAAUGAAAAAUGAGCAAAAUUUGAAACCACAUCAAGAGAUUAAUAGAGGACAAGUGACUAUGGACAUACCUUCUUCUGGUGGAAUUACUGCUGCCAGCUCUAAGAAUAAUUAUGAAAUUUCUAAGCCUGUGAAACCUAAUGCUUUGUCAGAAUCUGCAACAGACAUACAUUCAACUCGUUCGCCAGAAAAAUCCCUGGUAAAACCCGGAGGAAAACAUUUAGGAAACGAUUCAAACCGCCCAGCUUCAGGUGUUAUUACAACUAAGUUGCACCCUGGGCACGUGUCCCCUGCUAACAAAGGCUCUUCUGAUAUUAUUGAUAAUCGAGUUAAUCCUAUACCAAAGCCUCGGCGUGAGAAAAUCGGUUUAAGAACUGAGACAGCCAAAGAAAACAAGGAAAAUCCGUCUGCACUUAAAACAAUUCCAGAGGCAUUUGAGAGAAUCGAGACACCUCAUUCUGGACAGAACUCUAAAGAAGAAAUCAAAACAGAAUGGCAACUGGAGGCUGAGCGGCGAAUUGCAGCGAGAAAGGUGGAGGGCUAUGUUGAUCCAGAAGUGAAACAUUUGAAUGUGAACAACAAUAAAAUCUCCCAAAAUGGUCAAAGCAAUGGAAAUGUCGAUGAAAGUGUUAGUAGUGGACAGAGGAGAAGAAUUCCAGUCACACGGACUUUUACAUUUACUAUCAACGAUACUUUACCAAACCAACCAGAAACUCCUCUUAAAAGUGAUACGAAGAAGAAAACGUUCACCUCUUCUGAAAUUCCUCUUGAAGUGGUUGAUAUUGAUGCUAAGCUAAGAGAACUUGAACUGAAAGGUCGUCAGUUAGAAGACAUGAUUAGAGCAACAAUAAACGAUGAUGAAUAUGACAGGAAAAUGACAGAAUGGUUUAACAUAAUCAAUGAGAAAAAUGAUCUGGUCAGGAAAGAACAUUAUUUAGUUUUCCAUCUUGAAGAACAAGAACUUCUGAAGGAGCAAGUUCAAAUCGAUCAGCAACUCCAAGAUCUCCAAAAUUCACAACCUCUCAUAUCAGAAGUACCAAAAAACAAGCCUUUAGGAAUAGCCAACUGCCCUCCACUGUAUAAGCCAAACGAACCAAAAAAAUUAAAAAACGAGAAAAAGAAUUGAUUAAAAAGAAAAUUGCUGUGGUCAACAAGCGCAACGUUAUUGUCGAAACCAUUGAAGAGAACAGGCUCAGAUAUCAAGAAGAAGACGAAGGGAUUCAGGAAAUGCUUUCAAAAAAAGGUUUUGUAGAAGAUGAUUGAGUGCAUCUUGGUAGUGUUUCUAGCGCAUCACUUUAUAUAUAUAUAUAUCUGUCAAUGACUCACCAGCUUGCCACAUGCAUAAUGCUAUUCCAUGGUUUCUUAUCUUCUGGAAGAAAUAUUCAUUGAAGCACUACAAACAGAAGUAUAAACUUUUUUCUCUCGUUGCAAAGAAGAAAGCUUUAUUUUCCCAUUGAGAAAAUUAUUCAGAAGUCUUGCCAAAAAAAACGUGAAAGGAUUAAAAUAUUACGCAAAAAUACCCUCAACAGUUUUUUUUAUAUUUAAUGACAGGUAACCUCAGCUUCAAUUAAAUUAUCAAUAUAUUUUUAAUAAAUUUUUAUUCGUGUAGCAGUUAAUAAUCAACGUCAGUAUUUUACCCUUUUUUUUUGUGUGUAUGAAUAAAUCUGUAAUGGUGUGUGACCUGGUGGUUAGGGUGUUGCACUUGCGAUUGCAAGAAAGUGGUUUCAAUUCCUGGACUGGGUGGUGUGUUCUUGAGCAAAGCCCUUCAUUCCACCUUGCUCUGCAAAUGAGUGUGAUGGUGGACUGGCAUCCGAUGCAGAGGUGAUUCUUGUGAUCUUGGUCACCUUUGCUUCGUGGAAACCAGGCAACCGGCACAAUGAUUCCGAGGCUCCAAGACAGCACUUUACAAUUUUUCUUUUGACUCUGAGCGAAUCUCUGAUAUUGUAUUUAUUUUUAAAUCUGUAAUAUCUGUCUGUAAACUUGUGAACACUGGAUGACAACAUUUCUCAUUGGAACAACUUACUGUGGAAUCUCUGUUUGUCACCCAAAAUGUUCGUGAACGAAAACUAUUUUUCCCAUAGGAAAUUCAAGUCAAGGAAUGGUGAGUUUACACAGGGAUGUGCCCUGAGCGAUAGCUAAACACCGACCGAUGCUCUCUUGCUGAUAACUCCCAGCCUUUUGCCAACCAUUGUUGCAUCUUCGCUACUCGAGGUACCUGUCAUCUUCGUUACUCGAGGUACAUGUCAUCUUCGUUACUCGAGGUACAUGUCAUCUUCGUUACUCGAGGUACCUGUCAUCACCUGAUACCUUUUUAUAUGUUUGAAAAUUGUUGGUAAACUGAGGUUCCUCUGUUUUAAGAAACUGCAAGUGCCACCUUACC